AAAUUGGGUCAUCACUAGUUUGUUUACGUUAACAACCAAUAAAAAUAAUGCAUUAACAAUCAUGUCGUCUAUGUUCAGAUAUAAUCUUUUGAGGAGUGUUAAGCCCUACACUCCAUUCGUACCGCAACUCUCGAAAUCAAUGCUUCGGGUCCUUAUCCAAGUUUCUGUGCACUUUAUUGAGACAAAAAAGUCUUCCUCUGAGGUGCUUUCACUUGCAUUAAACAAAGUAACAAAUGCAGGCCAUAAAAUUCCGCCAAACUUUUGUGAACUUUUUACAAUGGUUUUCCUGAUGAUGCAAAUAUUUUUAAGAUAUCCAAAAGGCGUAGUAAAACAUCAUGAGCUGCGAAAGUGUUUGAUGGAUGAUUUGAACUUUACAGAAGAAUACGUUGAUGACAUUUGCAAAGUUCUACUAAACCAUCGGGAGAUUCUGUGCAAAAACUUUUCAGAAACUAAAAUGGACCGUCCUAAAAUUUCCAAAAUGCAGUGGAGAAUUAACAUUUCUUUAUCUCUCAACACUGUUCACAUGGAUGAGCCAACCAUAGUCCUUCACUUUAAACUUCAAAACAAAGAAUUUCGAACUCUGGAAUUACCACUAUCCAUGUUUCAACAAGUGCGCUACAACAUCGCCCUACUUUUAAAUGAAUUGCAGGCGUUGCAAACCCGAUCUGUUUUAAAAUAAAUACAAUGUACAUUGACUGUUAUAUUUAAGUCGUUUGCUUAUUAAAUAAAUUACAUGAAAAACAAA